AUCCAACACACGAACGGCCAGGAUGCUUUGCCGCUUCUCCCGGUUCUAGUAUAAAAGGCCACUCGUGGCGCAAACCCUAGUAGAGGAGAGAUUACCUUGGAGGCUUCUGAGCUCGAACCCCCCGCCGCCGCCGCCGUCGCCUCCUCCAUCCGCCGCCAUGACCUUCAAGCGCCGCAAUGGCGGCCGCAACAAGCACGGUCGCGGCCACGUCAAGUACAUCCGCUGCUCCAACUGCGCCAAGUGCUGCCCCAAGGACAAGGCGAUCAAGAGGUUUCAGGUGAGGAACAUCGUGGAGCAGGCCGCCAUCAGGGACGUCCAGGAGGCGUGCGUGCACGAUGGAUACGUUCUCCCCAAGCUUUACGCCAAGGUGCAUCACUGUGUGUCCUGUGCAAUCCAUGCUCACAUCGUCCGUGUCCGCUCCCGUGAGAACCGGAGGGACCGCAGGCCUCCGGAACGCUUCCGCCGCAGGGAGGAUAGGCCCCAAGGCCCUCGUCCAGGUGGUGGCGCUCCCGCUCCUGGUGGAGCUGCUGCUCCUGCCCCCAACGUUGCUCGCACCUGAUUGUCUCCGGAGUGAUAAACCUUUUUUCAGUCGUUUCCCUAAAUCUAGCAUGAUACCAGGGUGUUGAACUUUAUCUAGGACCAACCUGUUCUUUUUCAAAUAUCGGAUCUGCUGUUACUGGUUUCAUCUUUACUAAAUGUGGUUUACCAUUUAUUCGAUUCGUUCUGUUCCUACUCACGCCGUGUCAGACGUUAUGUGCCGUGUGAGUUUUUCUGUUCCUGCUCAUGCUUGUGAGAGCAACAUCGUAUGUUCUCCUAAAUCCCGAGUAUGUUACUUUUUCUUUAUA